UCAACAUACCAACGAAAUAUGGCCGACGAAGCGCUCGCUAAAGCUGGCCUACACUUUGAUGAACUAAACAAAAUACGAGUGCUUGAGCCUGAUGUUGCACAACAAACACGAGAAUUAAAAGAAGAAUGUAAAGAUUUUGUUGACAAAAUUGGAGAAUUUCAAAAAAUAGUUGGAACAUUCAUUGAAAUGGUUGAUGCAGUUGCAAAAGAAGUUGAAAAGGAAAAGAUGAAGGCCAUAGGAGCAAGAAACCUGCUGAAAUCUAUUGCCAAACAAAGAGAAGCACAGCAAUUGCAACUGCAGGCCCUCAUCAUAGAAAAACGCAUGCAGCUUGAAAGAUUAAGAGUCCAGCAUAAUGCACUUCAGAAGGAGGAAAGUGACCAGGCUGAAUUUCUUGAUCAACUACUUUUACAGAAAUAGACAAUAAAAAUAGCUUUAUAUUGUAAAAUCUUUUCCGUCCCAUCUUCUCUCAGUGGUGCAUUUUUCAUCUUCAGAGGAAGUGAUUUGUUGUGAAAAAUUGUGGUAUAUAAUAAACAUUUGUGAUGAAACUU